AUGUGCUCCCGCCAGGACAAGGACCAGUGCUACCAGCAGGAACGCUCCUGCUGCCAGGGGAGCAGCGGAUCCGGCUGCCAGGGGAGCAGUGGCGGCUCUGGAUGCCAUGGAAGCAGCAGAUCCAGCUGCCAGGGGAGCAGUGGCGGCUCUGGAUGCCAUGGAAGCAGCAGAUCCAGCUGCCACGGGAGCAGCGGUGGAUCCAGCUGCCACGGGAGCAGCGGUGGAUCCGGCUGCCACGGGAGCAGUGGAGGAUCAGGAUGCCACGGGAGCAGCGGUGGAUCCGGAUGCCACGGGAGCAGCGGAUCCGGCUGCAGCGGGGGACCCUGCCACGGGACAUCGCAGGAGUGCCAGCAGCAAAUCUACCAAGUGUCCUCCAGGAUGAAGUGA